CUAUUGUUUUUUUAGAUCCUUACUGGAAGGCAGCAUGUCCAGUUUUCCUUUAAGCAAAUCAUCUCCCACAGGAAAUGCGAUGAAAAGCACAACUCAAGGGACUGCGCUGAGGCAACAGGGCUUUCAUGAGGUGAACAAAAGAAGGACUUUCUUACAAGAUAGCAGCUGGAUCAAGAAACGUCCUGAAGAAGAGAAAGACGAGAACUAUGGUAGGGUGGUACUCAAUCGACACAACUCCCAUGAAGCCUUGGACAGGAAGAUUAAUGAAAGAGAUGAGCCAAAAGCCACUUUGAGCCGGUACAGAUCUGAUGAUACUUUGGACAGGAUCUCAGAGAGAAAUGAUGCUGCCACAAUCUAUAAGGCCAAUACCCUGGAUAACCGAUUAACCAAUAGGAAUAUGGCGACAUUUAAAUCACCAGGAGCAACCAAAACGCAGCCUGGCGGUCUAUUAAAUGCAACCACCACCACCACCACCACCACAGCCUCGGCCCCUGCUGCCACCCCUGUCAAGAAAAAGAGACAGUCUUGGUUUCCGCCUCCCCCUCCUGGUUCUAAGGCCACCCCCAGCACAGCAGCCAGCCGAAGGGAACCAGCUGUUCACCCUCCAAUACCACCAAAGCCCAGUACUCCUGUUUCUUCUCCCAAUCAACAGAGACCAGAUAAUAGGCAGACAUAUCCACCUAAACUGGUUGUCUCUGCAGAAAGCAAUAGAUCUUCUGAAAAAAUUAUAAGGAGUCAAGAUCUUGGUAACAUUGUCAAAGCUGCCGCUUCAGUUCAGAAAACCAACAAAGGUGAGGAACUGGAUAAUCUCAUAAGAAUGAACAAAAGCUUGAAUAGAAAUCAAGGUCUCGAUGGUCUGUUUAGAGCAAAUCCAAAGGCGGAGCAAGCAGAGAAAAGAGCCAAAAGCCUUGAAAGCCUCAUCUUUACAAAUACUCGGACCAACAAAGAUGGCAAAGGAAACCAAAGCCUUGACAGUUUCAUUAAAGAAAAUCCCAGAAAAGUCAGCAAUGAAAAGGGAAGUCAAGACCCUGAACCUACUGUCAAAGUGAAGGCUGGGAUGGAUAAAACCAACAAAGGAGGUGAAGACCUUGAAAAUGUUAUCAAAGUGAAUCCCAAAGGAAAUGAAAGUACCACUGGAAAACAGGACCUUGAUGGGCUUAUUAAAGGAAAUCCUGAAACAAACACAAACAUCAAGAGGGGCAAGAGCCUUGACAAUCUCAUCAAAGUGAGCUCUGAAGUAAGCAGAAGUAGCCAAGGUUCUGAAAAUCUUAAUGCCCUCAUUAAAGUGAAUCCAGGAACAGGAAAUAGUAUGCAAUGGGGUCAAAGUCUUGACAACCUCAUCAAAGUGGUUCCUGAAGCAAAUAAAAAUAAUCAAGGAAACCAAGGUGUGGAGAGUCUUACCAAAGUGAAUCUUUCACCCAAGAAAAGUGAACAAAGCCUUGAUGAACUCAUUAAUGUAAGCCCCAAAGAUGUCAAAAACACUGCUGGAAACCAUGGUCUUGACAAACUCAUCAAGGUGAAUCCUGAAAUUCAUGUAAAGAACCAAAGAAACCAAGAUCUGGAUCACCUCAUCAAAGUGAAUCCUGCAGUACUCAGACGUAAUCAGAGUGCCGAUUUGGACAAUCUCAUUAAAGUGCAACCUUCAGCUCUCAGAAACACUACUCGCAAUCAAGAUGUGACAAAUGUAUCUGAGGCGAAUUCUUAUGUGUCUGAAAAUAAGAAUGGAAGCUCCAAUGCUGGACCCAGGAAUACAGGCUCUAAGGAUACUGUUGUGUACACAAGGACCUACGUGGAGAAUAGUAAAUCACUGAAGGAUGGAUAUCAUGAGACUAUCUCUGGAAAAUACAUACAGACUGUUUAUUCAACUUCAGAUAGGUCUGUCAUUGAAAGAGACAUGUGCACUUACUGUCGCAAACCUUUGGGUAUAGAAACGAAAAUGAUUCUAGAUGAGUUACAAAUUUGCUGCCAUUCUACUUGCUUCAAGUGUGAAAUAUGCAAGAAGCCUUUGGAGAAUCUGCAGGCAGGUGACAGUAUUUGGAUUUAUAGACAAACAAUCCAUUGUGAACCUUGCUACUCUAAAGUUAUGGCAAAGUGGAUUCAAUAAAUGUGGCAUGUGGAAAUCAAGAGGAAAAAUAUUCAUCAAGACAGUAAAUGUUCAAGGUUUUAUUUUGAGAAUAUGUAAUUCAGGAAAGCUUUUACACUAAAGUUUACUCUUAUACAAAAUGAAUGAAUCUGUUAUUGCAUAAAUAAUCUGAUUGCCAGCAAUUAGUUCAUAAACAUAAAAAAGCCAUCUUGGCUGGUUUAGUGGUAAAAAUUUUGGACGGUUCCAGUUAAUAGUGUCAAAAUAAUGAUGCUUCUGAGGCCGGUGUGUAAUGUUAACCCUGCCAGGCCCAUCCCUGCUCCAUCCUUAUGUUGUGCUUCAAGAUUUCCGUUACAGUAGUUCCUCAUUUUCUCUUCUUUACCUCCCAUGAGAAGAAAUCACAGAUGUUAUUGACAUGAUGACAAAAGAAAUGCCAGUUAAAAUUUUCACAUAUGAUAUGGAACAAAGACUUUGAGAUUAAAAAGUUGUAUGGACUUCAGAAGAUAGCUCAAUAUUUCCUACCCAUUUUUUUAUAACAUGAGGAAUAUUGGAGAAAAUGAUUUCUAUGGGCUCUUUUUGCUUUUCUAAUUUUUUGAUUCUGUAACAAGCUUGUGUGUUUAUUUGCUAAGCAUUAGUUUGUGUGUAUAUUUGCUAAGCAUUCUGAAAUGGAACAUGGGAGCAAUUCAGUCCUACUGUCAGCCUUUGGUUCAUCACAGGCUUGAUUUCUAUGUGUUUUAAAAAUCAAAUCAACAUAUUUGUGGGUGAUAGGUAAAACUGCAUGACAUCUAUAAAUACUUUAUAUAUUAUAAUUUGGCAAAUUUUCUUUGCAUGUAUUUCAAAAUAUGGGUAUACAAAUAAUCUAUGAGAAAUAAUGCCUGUGGAUUAAAAAGACAUGCUCGUUAGCAUGUUACUUAUAUUCAUAUUACACAGCACUUUGUAUUUAUAGAAGGUUUGUAAAAAUAAAUGAUC